GGAAGUGUGAGCAGCAAGCAUUGAAAGCAGUAUAAAUAUGCUCAAGAGUAUGUGGUCUGUCAUAGGGUCCAAUCUACUUUCCCAUUACAUUUGUGGUUCAUAGUUCAUACCAUUACCAUGGGAUCCAACACCAACAAGUACAACAUCUUUUCCUCUUUCACUUCGGCCUCAUCAUGGUUCGAGCUCUACGCAGCCUUCUCCACAUUCACGAUGCUCCUCAAAGCAGCAUUCAAUGAUCUCAUACCCCACCAACUUCGAUCCUUCGUCACCUCAAAGCUAGAGUCUUUGUUCUCCAAAUACCAACCCAACAACCGAGUCUCUCUCAAAAUAAACCAAUUUUGGGACGAAAGUUUGAGAAGCCGGAAUGAGCUUUUCUACGCUGCCCACGAGUACCUCCCCACCAAGAUCACCAACACCUUCAAGUCGCUCAAAGUUGGGAAAAUAGAAGACCAAAAACACCUCGAGCUCGCAGUGGAUGCAACUCAAGAGGUGCUGGACGAAUUUGAAGGCAUCAAGUUUACUUGGAAGCUCGAUGACGGCUCCGAGAAGGACUCUGAGAAUUUCAAAAAGUACAGCUUUGAACUAACCUUCAACGGGAAGCAUAGAGAAAGAGCUUUGGAACGGUAUAUCCCGCACGUGCUUAAAACAUACGAGGCCAUGAAAUCUGACAAGAGGAUUCUCAAAAUCUAUUCCAGGUUGGAUGGGUAUUGGACCGAAAGUGAGUUAUCACAUCCUGCCACAUUUGACUCCCUCGCCUUGAGUCCUGAGUUGAAGAAGGAUAUAAUCGACGACUUAGAUCGGUUCCUGAGGAGAAAGGAACUUUAUAAGAAAGUGGGGAAGCCUUGGAAACGUGGCUACCUCUUGUAUGGAACCCCCGGAACUGGAAAAUCUAGCCUCAUUGCUGCUAUUGCCAAUUACUUGAAAUUCGAUGUGUAUGAUUUGGAGCUUACUUCUGUUGACUGUAACUCGGAGCUCAUGCGGUCCAUGAAGGAAGCAUCUAACCGUUCCAUCAUUGUGGUUGAAGAUGUAGAUUGCAACAAAGUGGUGCAUGCAAGAUCUAAAGCAAAUGGUCUUGAAGAUCAAGAUUCAGACUCCGACAAUGAGGGUGUCACUGCCAAGGUUAAGGCAAACAGGUUUACUCUUUCGGGUCUGCUUAACUACAUGGAUGGAUUGUGGUCAAGUGGUGGAGAGGAGCGAAUUGUCAUCUUCACUACUAAUCACAGAGAAAAAAUUGACCCUGCGUUGUUGCGCCCUGGUCGAAUGGACAUGCAUAUUCACUUGUCCUUUCUCAAAGGUAAGGCGUUUCGAGUCUUGGCUUCCAAUUAUUUGGGAAUUGAAGGAGAUCAUCCUCUCUUUGAAGAAAUUGAGGGUCUGUUGGAGAGAAUUGAAGUCAGCCCUGCAGUAGUAGCAGAGCAACUUAUGAGAAAUGAGGAUCUUGAUGUUGCCUUGGAAGCACUUGUUAAAUUUCUCAAAGAAAUGGACAAGGACAGAAAUUGCAAUGGAGAGUUAACAGGGUUGCUUUCAUAGAGUAGGGACUAGGGACUUAUGAUCUUCUCUUAUAUGCCUAGGAAACUCACACUGAAAUAGCUUCUAUCUUUACUUUUAAUUUGUUUUGUGUAACUUUCCUGUUAAAAUAAGACCAUUCACUAAGCAUAAAAAAAAAAAAAAAGACCAU